GCUGAAGCCGGCAAGCCUGCCUGUCAAGCAUUAGUGACAAAGCCGAGGAGAGGGGCAUUAUUGGAAAAGUUCUCAGCACUACAAAUGAUUCUGCUGCUUCCAAGGCCCUUCAAAGCCAGAUCCUUCCACACAAAGAAAACAUUCUGCAGAACCAUCGGGAUUUCUGUAGGUCAACGGCAAACACCACCCCGUCUUAACCACCAGCAGGAAAAAAUGAAGCACAUUAUCAAUUCGUACGAACACAUCAAUGACACCACAAGAAAUAACUCCGAUUGUCCUGAUGUAGUUUUGCCAGAAGAGAUAUUUUUCACAAUCUCCAUCAUUGGUGUAUUGGAGAACUUGAUUGUCCUCCUGGCUGUGAUCAAAAAUAAAAAUCUCCAGUCCCCCAUGUAUUUUUUCAUCUGCAGUUUGGCCAUUUCUGACAUGUUGGGCAGUCUGUAUAAGAUCUUGGAAAACAUCCUGAUCAUGUUCAGAAACAUGGGUUAUCUCAAGCCUCGUGGCAGUUUCGAAAGCACAGCAGAUGACAUCAUUGACUGCAUGUUCGUCCUCUCUUUGCUGGGCUCUAUCUUCAGCCUGUCUGUCAUUGCAGCUGACCGUUACAUCACCAUCUUCCAUGCCCUGCAAUACCAUAGCAUUGUGACUAUGCGCCGCACCAUCAUCACCCUAACAAUUAUCUGGAUGUUCUGCACAGGGAGCGGCAUCACCAUGGUGAUCUUCUCCCACCACAUCCCCACAGUGCUCACCUUCACAUCGCUGUUCCCUUUGAUGCUGGUUUUUAUCCUGUGUCUCUACAUCCACAUGUUCUUACUUGCCCGCUCCCAUGCUAGGAAGAUCUCUACCCUUCCUAGAACCAACAUGAAGGGUGCCAUGACACUAACUAUCCUUCUUGGAGUCUUCAUCUUCUGUUGGGCCCCCUUUGUGCUCCAUGUUCUCUUGAUGACUUUCUGCCCAAAUAACCCUUACUGUGUUUGCUACAUGUCUCUCUUCCAGGUCAAUGGCAUGUUGAUCAUGUGCAAUGGAGUUAUUGACCCAUUUAUAUAUGCCUUUCGGAGCCCAGAGCUCAGAGAUGCAUUCAAAAGGAUGCUCUUCUGCAACCGGUAUUAGUAGAAUUUUUGAUCCCUGCUUUGAGUGUUGUAAAGGGACCAGAUAACACAUCAGUCUGACAUGUACCAGUGAUUCUUCUGACCAGUCUUUCCUUCUUUAACAGAUGGGGAUGGUCCCACUGACUAGUGUUUACCAUAACUGCCUUUCUUAUUCACAGUCUUACUCUACCUGCAUUUUUAUAUUGUAUCUAGGGAGAUGAAAUGUUGUGCUAAACAGGAAAGUUUACAAAGUACACAUAGCAUACAAAUGUGAGGACUUUGGGAUAAGCAAAUAUUUGUUCUUCUGUGGAUACCUGGGAAAACUGUCAUUGGGAGGCCUUUCCAAGCAGGAAGCCAUGUUAACCAGUACUCUAGAAGUUAAAGUACUUUGGGGGCAUCUAGCUAACUAACUAACUAUCUAUGUUAGUCAGAUGUCUGUGUACGUGGCAAAUAAAUGCAAUCAAUCAACUUUGAAAGAGGA